AUGGAGGUGGAACUCGCCCCGGAAGGAAAGAAUGACUUGGAGGAGAGGAGAGUCAUCACGGGAACAUCUCCCACGGAGCUGGGGCUCAGAGUGGGCUUAGGAAAAGAUUUCCCAUGUAGUAAGACAUAUGAGGAGAGGAUGGCAUCACCAGAAAUAAGAUCUCCUUCGAGCAAGGGGCUUGAACUGAGAUUGAAAAGACACAAUAUUUCUAGGACUUUCAUGGAUGGGAGUAAUUUAGGAGACAACAGGAUCUCAGCCUCAAAGGAAACAAAACCUCCUCUGGGUGCCUUGCCCGGAAGAGUGGGUUUAGAAAAGGAGCGUUUUCUGGCAGGGCAUUGUCCUGGAAGGGUAACACAGCCUCUGCUGGGCCGGGAGUGUGGAAGUCCACAGGCUUCAGGGGGCAGGAGAUGUCCUGUGACUGGUGACCCUGAAGGGUUCGGGGCAUCAGUGGGCAAGCUGCCUGCUCUGGGGAUGAAGGGUAGAGGGGAACUGGGAGGAGAGUCCACCUGUGUGGUGAUGAAGCCCAGUGCAGAGACGGAGCCUCCUGUGGAGGUGGACAUGGGGCUCACCCGCCCAGGGGAGCUGGCUGAAACGGAGCCUCCAGAGCCUCAAAUGGGCUUGGUGAUAGAACCUUCUGAGUGCCAGCUGGCCCAACAACCUGAGGAGCAAAGGGACGCUGAACCAGGAGUAGAACCUCCAGAUCUCAUCAGACCCAUAUACUCUGGGAAAUUUUUUGAUCGGAUGCCUUGCUGGCCAAGUGCAGGGAAAGUUCUUCCGAUUGGAUACAGAGUUGCAACCUGCUUGACUGAAAAAUUUCCCAGGCUAAUGACCCCACCUGAGGCAAAAAAAUUUUUCAACUUCAGAUAUCCACCUGCUGGAGCCGAAAGAGUAUUUUACGGCAGAGCAAAUGAUCCCCAAAUCGCACCUUCCUUGACACACGGAAUAAGAUCGAAAACUUCGAUGCCGGCAAAGGUAUUGAUCAACCCACAGCCUAUAACAACAUUUCAACAGAAAAUGAAAGAUAAAAAGGAAUCAGUAUAUUUUAGCAAUCGACGGGCACCGUUAGGAAAAUCUCAUGAUCAGACGCCAGGAUUGCCUAAAGGCCUGGACUUACUCAAUACGACAUUUGGGACGGCAGUCGUCAGAGAAAUGUCCGCUCGAGAUAUGGUGAAUCCACCAAAACCCUAUAAAGAGGUAUUUGAAGCAGCACAGGCAGGCCACGAUCUGUAUAUUGUAUCUCACAAUGAUUAUUUUGCAGGAGAAGCAAAGAACCGGAAGUAUAACCCAUCAAGUUUUCAUAGAUUUAACUUAUAUGGGAUCCCAACACCACAUUUUAAUGAUGGACGAAACAUGGCAAAAACUUUACAUUGGCUUCAUGAACUACAAAUGAAAAGAGGAGCUAAGAUUGUAUCCAAGAGAGUUGAUGAUUUCAAAGAAAAGUUUCAACAUAGACUUGGAAGAGUUUUAGAUCCAAUUGCGGAAACAAUGAAUGUUCCCCCAGACCACACAUUUGGGGCUUGUCUCCGUCCUGAGGACUACGGAGUUGGUGAUCUCAUCCACAGAAGGCUUCCAGGGGAGUAUCUCCGAGGCAAGGACAGACAGCGAGCCCUGGUAUCGGCAGUGCGGCAUCACUUGAAGAAAGUUAACUACCAAAACUUUGACACUCUGCUGGCAGCCUUCAGGCACUAUGACAAGAAGGGAGAUGGGGUGAUAGACAAAGCUGAGCUUCAGGAAGCGUGUGACCAGGCCAGCUUGCACUUAGACGAGAAGCUCCUGGACCAGCUAUUUGAAUACUGUGAUGUGGAUAAUGAUGGGCUGAUUAACUACCUCGAAUUUGCGAAUUUUCUUACCUGGAAAGAUAAAACCCCCCUUAAAGAGUAUGAAGAGAGGGUCCUCAUUAAAGGUAGAAAACCGGAUUGUGCAAACCCUGAUGAGGCUAAUGUAGAAGAAUCUGAACCAGCUCUCCUGUUAAAGCCUGAAGAUAUUGUCUUAAAAGAACCAGGGAGCUCAGAAAAGACUCUGCGGACACUUCUGAGGCCAAGCGAUAAAGUUUCUAAUCACUACAAAACGACUUCUUCCGAGAUCAGUGCGGUUGUAGGCGCUGUUCCUUCUACUUGUUACCCCACGUAUGGUGUUCCAACCAUUCGGUCUGAUAUUCCUGCCCCCCAAAUUCGCCGAGUCAGUGACAGGACGAGCUACGGUGAGGAGGGAAAUGCCUACUCGCUGCUGCAUCCUACCAUCUUUGCCCAGAAAGGGGUGUUUGAAAGGGACUUCUUCAAGACCAGAUCAAGACAAGAGAUUUCAGAGAUAUUAUGUAACAUUGGUGUCAAGCUUUCUGAGGAUGAAUUUGAAAAUGUAUGGAAUCUUGCAUCAAAAAAACACCACAGAGGAGAAGUUUGUGUUGAGAGCAUCAGAAAUGUUCUGGAUGAGUUAAAACAUGCAGAUCGAAUCAAGUGUAAAACAGCCACAUGA